AUGCUAUGUAGCAAUAAUGAAGAGGACUGUGCACGAGAUACCCAGAAGUUAUUAUUGUUUAUGGGGGACAAUGGCCAUAAAGUUUCUAAAGCUAAGCUGCAGCUAAUUCAAACAACUGUAAAGUACCUAGGUGAUGACAUCACUUGUGGAACAAGAGCUCUCUCUAGCGAUCGCAUUAACACCAUUCAAAAUCUUCCCAGACCUGUCACAAAACAGCAGGUCAUGUCUGUAUUGGGCAUUCUAGGCUACUGCAGACAGUGGGUUUUAAAUUUUACUGAAAGAGCACAGCCGUUGCAACAAUUGGCUAAUACACCUGGCGUUCCUCUUUCGGGCCAGGUCCAAUGGAAUGAACAGGCUGACAAGGCUCUCUGUGACUUAAAAGCUGCUCUUCUUUCUGCGCCUGCGCUUGGUUUACCUGAUCAUUCUCGUCCAUUCACUUUGUUCGUGGACGAAAAGCAGGGAUUCAUGAAUGCAGUAUUAACGCAGCUGCAUGGGGAUAAACAGAGACCGGUGGCCUAUUUUUCUAAAAAACUGGAUCCAAUAGCCGCAGCGCUUCCUCCGUGUCUUCGUGCUGUGGCUGCAACAACAGAAGCUGUGUUAGCAAGCACGGAUGUAGUUCUCAUGAGCCCCCUUACAGUACAAGUACCUCAUGCUGUACAUUCCAUAUUAAUACAGGCUAAAACCUCGCAUCUCACCACUGCUAGGGCAAUACACUAUCAGAAUGUACUCUGUACUUUGUCAAAUGUUACAAUAGAAAGAUGCUCUACUUUAAAUCCUGCCACCCUCCUUCCAACCGAAAAUGAAGGUGAGCCACAUAAUUGUCAUGAUGAAAUAGCAAAGGUUGUAAAACCUAGAGUAGACCUACAGGAAACACCCUUCGAAAUUGGAGAAAUAAUUUUUGUGGAUGGAUGCUCUUUAAGAUUAGAAAACGGAGCACCCUCGACCAGUUACGCAGUGGUCCAAGGGGACCGCCUGCUGGAA